AUGCCUACUCUUGAUGUCAGCGAAUUGAACGUUGUGCUUGCCGUCUUCGGAGCCUUCAUCAUUCUGUAUGGAAUUCUUUCUGUAAAGAUUAAGAAUGCGUGGUACUUGGGCGAGGCCUUACCGGCCGUCGUUCUAGGCAUAUGCCUUGGUCCAAUAGCGGCCAAAUUCCUCGAUAGCGAGAGAUGGGGCUCGGCUGUCGAGGGCCAAACAAACGACAUCACUCUCGGCCUGACGAGAGUGAUGAUUGGUAUUCAACUGGUCAUGGCUGGCUACCAGCUGCCGAAGAAAUACCAAAAGACGAAGUGGAAGGACAUGCUCGUUCUCAUGAUCCCCGUCAUGACGCUGAUGUGGUUGGCUACAACCAUAUGCAUCCUUGCAACAAUCCCGAAGCUCACGCUCCUCGGAGCUAUGGUCAUCGGAGCUUGCGUUACUUCAACCGACCCGGUCUUGUCCCAGGCGGUUGCCAAGGGUCCUUUUGCCGACAAAUACGUCCGGCGGUCUGUCCGAGAAAUCAUCUCUUCUGAAGCAGGAGCCAACGAUGGCUUUGGUUUCCCUUUUCUCAUGCUGGCAGUCUAUCUAAUGCGGCAUGCUGAUGGCAAGGAGGCACUCCAAGUUGGCGAAUCGACCCUUCAUGCAGUCGCAAGAGCCUUGAUGCCUCGAGCAGGGGAUGUUGUCCGUCAAGGUGGAGGAGUCGGCAUUGCUCUCCUUAAUUGGCUUCUGGAGACUUGGCUCUACUUCGUAUUGAUGAGCAUCGUAUAUGGGGUUCUUGUCGGAACUCUCAUCAGAUAUGCGCUCAAGAAGUGGAUCGACUCCGAGAGCUACGUGCUGGUGCCAACUGCCAUUGGUCUUUUCAUGAUGGGAACAUCUGGGGCCAUUGGCACCGACGACUUGCUUUCUUGCUUCGCUGCUGGAAGCGCACUCAACUGGGACGGAGAAUACCUGGCCGAAGCACUGAAGCGACAUGACGAAGUCAACGCCAGUAUCGACGUCCUCCUCAACUUCGGCGGGUUUAUCUAUCUCGGCACCAUCAUUCCAUGGAACGAGUUCAACUCGGACAUCACUGGCAUCAGCCCCGGUCGAUUGGUCGGCCUGGGCGCCCUCGUCCUUGCCUUCCGCCGUAUCCCCGCCGUUCUCAUGACAUACAAGCUGAUGCCCAACACUUUGAAAGACUGGAAAGAAGCCCUUUUCAUGGGGUACUUCGGUCCGAUCGGUGUUGGCGCAGCUUUCUACGUCGAGCACGCACGCCAUCUCUUUCCCAAACUGGCAGAGGCGGAGGCCGUUGGCGACAGCGAAGUAGCCGACGUGCUCAGAGCCAUCGGCCCGGUCGUCUACUGGCUCGCAAUCUUCUCCAUCUUCGUUCACGGCCUGUCGAUCCCGGUCCUCAGCGCCAUAUAUACCUACAUGGGCGUCCAGCCCAUCCAAGAAGACCCUGUUCAGCUACGCCGCCGCUCCAUCAGGGUUCCUCCGCCGUCAAACGCUGUCGAGGGCGACAGGGACACCUUCAUCGCCUUUAACCGAUUCUCGCGCCCCAACCUAUCGAGCGAGUCUCUGGAUCACUUGGGAGAUGACGAUUCGACCAUUGCAGAUGAGAAGGUUCGGUACCCUGAUCUCGAGUCAGGUCUGGAGCAGGCCAAGAGGAAUGCGCAAUUGUCGCCACGGCACAGCUUCAACGUACCGCGAAUCACGAAGUCUCGGAGUCUCAGUCGCCCACGGACAUCGGCUAGCCAGGUCCAGUGGAGUCAACAGCCGCAUAUCACGCGAGACUAA